CUUGCACGGUAGCGGUGUUUAUCGUGUUGGCGUUUUUUGCGGUGUUUGUUAUGGUUUUGGUGUGUGUACGGAAGGAAACUGGUAAAUUUAGCACCGCUUUUCAUCGAUGUUUACCAUCUCCGAUUACGAUUAUGAGUGCACAAAAAAGUGUCAGCUGGUGAACCAUGGGAACGCAAUCACGUUUGCGCUUACCAAGCGCGCCGUUUCCGAUGAGUUGCUGGCGGCAUACAUUGCCAAAACCUGCCGCAACUUUGCUCACGUCCUCGAUGAACAUGGUCGUUCGGCGCUGCAUAUGGCCGCAUCCGUCGGCCGGUCUGCCAUUGUCGAGUGGCUAAUAAAUCAGGGUGCCAGUCUUACCCAGAAGGAUCUCGAGUCGGGACACACCGCUUUGCACCGGGCCAUGUAUUACGGGAAUGUAGGGGCCGCCGUUUUGCUGGUGAAGCAUGGUGCCGCACUCGAUGCGCCGGAUGAAGAUUUCGUUAAUCCUAUCCAGCUGUGUAGCAACGUUUCAGAGCAGGGCGCCGGCACGAACAAUGGACGCGGUGCGCUGGGGCCCGAACUGAUGAUCUGGGGUCAAAACAAAAACUAUAACCUAGGCAUCGGGAACGCACAGGACAAGGGUAACCCCGAAAGUAUGGAGUAUUUCCGCAAAACGCGCACCACCAUUCGGAAGCUGGAAAUCAGCUCGUACCAUAGCGUAUUCCUGACGCACAGGAUGGGAGAGCUGUACGUUGCUGGCCACGGUGUCGGUGGACGGCUCGGGCUGGGUAUGGAAGACACCAUUGCGUACCCGAUGAAGGUGCCGCUGACGCUGAAGGACGACGAACGGAUAACGGAUGUGGCCGCGGCCAAGCAUCACACGCUCGUGCUCACGAACAGCAAUCAUAUUUACUCGUGCGGCGAGAAUAAACACUGCCAGCUGGGACUGAAACCGCCGCCACCGAACCUGCUUGCGUUCAAGGAAAUUACGGGCCAAUGCCAUCUAUCAGGGAAAAUCAUCAAACGUGUCAUUGCGAAGGAUUAUCAUUCGAUCGCUGUCCUGGACACGGAGUUUUACGUCUGGGGACUGAACGGUGGCCAGUUCGGUCUCAAGCGAGAUUCGCGUAAUGAGAUGAUCGUGUUGCCGAAACCAAUUGCACUAAUACCGGACGGAACAGCGCUCAAAGACGAUGGUGGUGCCGUAAAGCGUGACACAACCAUCAAACUGAUCGAGUCAAGCAAUGCAGCCAUUGUCGUGUACACAAUGCAAAACUUCCUGCACAUUUUCAGUGGCUUCAAGGUGAAAACGUACAAAAAACCAUUGAUGGAAAAAGUGGAAUGUCUCUCGGUGGCGGGUGGCGAACUGCAAACCGAUCAGGACGAUGUGGUGAAGCGUGCGGGCGAUUUGCGGGUGAUCGUGUUUACCGCAUCGCGCAACAUUUACAUAUGGUACGAGGAUUGCCAGCAGUUCGUGCGCUGUAUGUUUGCCCAGUCGCGCAACCUGGAGGUGGAAAAGAUACGAUGGUGUGCGCAGAACACGCUCGUGCUGCUGCUCGGCAACCUGUACCAGGGCAUCAUAACCAACAAGCUGCCACGGUCCGCUAAGCAGCAGUUCAGCGAUUUUAAGGAAACGUACAUCCGGAAGGAGCUGUGCGACACACUGCAGAGCCGCAUAGAGCUGCGGCGCAUACGCCAUCUGAGCAACGUGAUCGACUUUACGUGCGAUGCGGAUGGCGAAAACUAUGCGGCGCUGGUGGAAAACACGCGCCGCUGCUUUUGUGUGCCGGAGUUGGUAGAGUCGAACUACGACUAUGGGACGCUGCUGGCCGAUGCAAACGAAAUGGACGGCGUGCACGAUGUGGUGCUGUACGUGGAAGACGAACCGUUCGCUAGCCAUCGGUUCAUCCUGUACCAUCGAUCGGACGCGCUACGGAAAUUGCUGCAGCAGUUCCCGGCGCAAAGAGAGUUCGUGCUGAAGGAGCACGGAUUGGGCGGCAUUACGUUACGUGCGUUCCGGCUGAUCAUGCGCUAUCUUUACACGAAUCAGCUCAUCGCCCGUGCGGACGUCGAACGGCUGCUCCGGAAACCGGGCGCUGGCGAGAACGGCGGUAGUAGUACUACCGUUGACGCUGCAGAGUUGACCGCCAUGUGUCAGAAGCUGAGGCAGCAGUUCGACAAGCUUCGUCUGACUGUCUUAUCACAAUCGGUAAAAAGCUUGCAGGUGGACCCACCGAUCGAACCGUUUCCGAAGCUGCGUCACGAUUCGUAUCCCGAGCUGUACGAUAUAACGAUCGAGCUGCAGGACGACAAGAAGAUGCGAGCGCACAAGUGUGUGCUGGUGGCACGGCUUGACUAUUUUAACAUGAUGUUUGCCCACUGCUGGACGGAAAAGCGCACGGCUGCCGACCUACGGACGGUUCCGCGUGAAUACAUGGACGUCAUUAUACCCUUUCUGUACGACAACGAUUAUGACCGGGUGCGGAGGCAGCGUUAUUCGGAAAACUUUAUUCUGAGCAUGAUCAUCAUCUGCGACCAGUUUCUGAUCGAAGAGCUCAAGAGCAUCUUCGAAACGAUCCUCAGCCAAAGAGUGCAUCUACGAAAUGUGGGCGAACUGCUCGAGUUUGCCUACCAGUACAACUGUGAGGUGUUGAAGAGCGUCUGUAUGCAGUUCGUCAGCGUUAACUUUGCCCGACUGCUCGAGUGGCACCUGCUGGACGGGCUCGAGCCAACCAUCCUGGGCCAGAUCGAUCAAUUCUACAAGGAAUUCUUCCACCUUUCCGACUUCCGUAUGAUAACCCCGCACGCUGAUGCGAUUGGCGACGAGGAGCUGGAACAGUUCGUCAGCGACUUUCGUAUCGAUCUUGAUCAAAAAGCGUCCGAUCAGCAGCAGCCGACCGCUGCCGAACGUUCGGCGAAACUCACCCCGAAAGGGAAGCAAACAAACAUGACGGCACUCUCAAAGCUACAGCGCGAAAAGCGAAACUACGAAAAGGAAGCAAUGGCUUACCUGGAACGAUUGGUUCUGGAAGAGGCGGCCGCAGUGAAGGAACGAAAAAUUUCGGUCAGCAAGUCGACUAUCACCACCACCCCCACCACCAGCUACCCGUCGCCCAAGGGCAAACUCGAGGCUGUUCCCGAUCAUUCCGCCACGAGCGAAGGUGUCGCGAACAAAGUGUGGCAAACGGUAUCGGCGGACUCGAAGCGAAAGGCCGCCCUUUCCGCGGCACUGCGUGCGAAUGAGCUGAUGAAGGAGGAAGCGGCACAACCGUCGAGCGAAAGCUUCUCCAACCUGCGCACCGUGCUGGAGCGUAGCCCAACCGCUCCCCAGCUGGUGGCGCUCCGAUCGCCCGACGAAGGUUAUGAAUCGGCCAGCAAUGUGCCGCGGGCAGCUACACUGAGCUUGAGCGAUUUUACCAUCCAAAACGCACGUCUGUCACAGAAAGAGCGUAAGCGGCUAAAUUCGGAAAAGUCCCGGUUGGCGAAAGCCGCCAAUGCUGUAGAGCCAGCGGAAAGCUUAGCACCGCCCGUUGCACCGGUUAACCCGUGGAAAAGUAUCGCAAGCAUACCGGCAGCCGAUCUGUUCAAAGCCGCCGACCCGGCCCUGGGAUCGGAUGUUGCGCUGCCGGGCCGUAAGCAGCGCAACAAUAGUACAAACGAGCCAAGCAAAUCAGUGAAAGCAGAACCGGGCGUAACCAGCUACUACCUCUAGCAGUAGCAACGCGGCCGAUCAAAACGGUACGAUCUUCCCCAAGCAGUCACAGCGACAACGACACUCGAGCACCCGGCACAGUGGUGGAGAGAAAGAUUUCAACGAAAUCUUGAAAGAAGAACGGCUCCAGAAGCAGUACUUUGAGAAAAUCAAAUCAAAAUCACUAGUCCACACGCAGAUCGAGGAGCAGGCCAUCGAAGAGCUGCGUGCCUUCUACAACGUGGAGCAUGUGUUCGAUGAAACCAUCACCAUCGAGCGCUAUCGACCGCCGCUGCUAGAAAACGGACCAAGCUUUGCAGUGUGGCAGUAUCAAUAGAAUUCCUGGGCAAUACAAUGCGUCGGUUGUAUAGAGACUAUCGUAAAGUGAACCGUAUGUAAACCCGAUCUUGUGGGCAUUUUUUAAAUGAUUUUUUUUGCUGUGUGUAAUAAAACAGCGAUCUCUCAGGGGCUCGCCAGUAUACUUACUUACUUA